AUGGCCGAUAUUCAGAACUUCCAGACCUUCGACGCCUUUGCUGAUGCCAAGGACGAUUCGAGCAUCGGCGGAGGAAAAGUGCACGUGCGAGUGCAGCAGCGCAAUGGCCGCAAAUGCCUGACAACGGUGCAAGGCCUGGCCGAUGAUUUGGAUGUAACGCGUAUCCUUAAGGCUUUUAAGAAAAACUUUAGCUGCAAUGGUGCCAUUGUAAAGGACGACGAGCUAGGCGAGAUUAUCCAGCUGUCAGGUGACCAGCGGACUAACAUUCGCGAGUUUCUGCUGGACCAGGAGAUCUGCAUGGACGCCCAAGUGGUGCUGCACGGUUUUUAA